UUCGGGACGGAACGGUCGUUCGUCUGUCGGAUUUUGUUUUCUGUGAAUAUAUUGUAAAUUAUGUGUCUUAGCCGAUGUAUACGUACUUACAGUGACUGAAGUGUGUCUUGAUAUGUAUUGAUGUGACUUUAUUCACAGUGUAGAUGUCUUGAAUCCGUCUCCAAGCGCGAUUUCAGGGGCGUAACCUCACUUGUGUUUUAACCUCUCUUUUCGGCCUAGUAGCGCGAUGGCUAAAUUCAAAUCCUUGUUUACUUCGACGUUCCUUUUGGUUUACUUUGCUUGCACGUUGAAUCAGUGUUGUGCUAACCUCAACUUGUACCUGAAUCAGAUUGAAGUACGGAGAUUAUUAGGUCUCCAGGCAGAGCUGUUCUACGUCAGGGACGGUGUUCUCAACGAGUACGCCCUCAACUUCGUGGUGCCGGUGCCAGCGCAUCUUGGAGGACUGCACUUCACAUGGCAAAGUCUUGCUGGACGACCGUUGCCAUACUCUAUCGCGGUGACAGUCUCCAACCCAGAGGCACUAGCAGCUCCCAUCCUGAACAUCUCGGACCACGGGUCAGUGCCGACGGUGGUACAGACGUUCGCUGUGGAGUUGCCUUGUACAGGAGUGGUCGCUGCGGAGGUGGAUGUCGUCAUCUCCAUCAAUGUCACCCUCAACAGAGCCAACAACAAUGUCACCAGACUCAACUUCAAGAGAGUCAAGAUCUGCUUGAGAGGUCCUCCAACACAUGUGUCAUCGCAGAGCGAGAGCGAGGUGGUGGUUGGCAGGACAGAGACAGAAGCGUCGUCUGCUCUGUAUGUCGCAGUCAGCUGUGCUUGUGCCUUGGUCACUGUGUUCGCCAUCGCACUGCUAGCCUGCUACCUGCGCAACAACAAGAGCAGACGACACGGCGACAUGCUGCAGGAGUCCCGGGGAGGCUCCAACUGCAGUGCGCAGGGCCUGGCGCCUGCUCCCGUGUUGUCCGGGACUCUCAGCUCCAGAAGACCCAGCUACACAAAGCUGGAUCAGCACUGCGACCGCUCUAACGACCUUCAGCACAGGAUAGCUCAGCUCACUAUACAGAGUCUGCUUUUACCCAGGUGUAGAUGUCGACUCAAGAGCGUUCUGCUGGAAGGCACGUUCGGACGCGUCUACCGAGGCUCUUACACGGACGAGGAUGGGGGAGAAGAAGAAGUCAUGGUUAAAACUGUUACCGACCACGCGUCCAGCAUGCAAGUUUCUCUGCUACUACAGGAAGGCAUGACCAUGUACGGACUCAGUCACAAGAAUAUCCUGUCUAUCCUAGGAGUCUCCAUAGAGGACCACACGGCUCCAUUCCUCAUAUACCCCCACCAGGGGUACACCAACCUUAAAAGGUUCCUACAGAAGUGCAAGCUGUGCCCGGAAGGUGUAGCACACACUCUGACCACCCAGGAAGUGGUAGACAUGGCUCUGCAGGUCAUCACAGGGAUGCAGUAUCUGCACAAGAAGCGGCUCUUGCACAAAGACUUGGCCACAAGAAACUGUGUGGUGGAUGACAAGUUGAGGGUCCAGAUCACAGACAACGCCCUAUCUAGAGACUUGUUCCCCGCAGACUACCACUGUCUGGGAGACAAUGAGAACAGACCUGUCAAGUGGCUGUCCAUAGAAAGUCUCUCACACAAAACCUUCUCCACUGCCUCAGAUGUGUGGGCAUUCGGCGUGUUGCUAUGGGAACUAACAACAUUAGCCCAACAACCUUAUGUUGAGAUUGAUCCGUUUGAGAUUGCUGCCUACCUCAGAGACGGCUACAGACUCGCUCAGCCUGUCAACUGUCCUGAUGAGCUGUUCGCUGUGAUGGCGUAUUGCUGGGCGAUGAACGCAGAUGAUCGGCCGACCUUCUCACAACUUCUCGUCUGUUUACAAGAGUUCUACGCUCAACUAACUCGUUACGUUUAAACUUUAGACCAACUUUUAAUAUUACCAAUGAUAAAUCCUCCAAAUCCUUCGAUAUCUGUUCUGUUGCCUCUACUUUUGUACAAUUUAUCCUCAUAUACCUUCAGUGCUAGCUAAUUCUAUUGGUAAUUCAAGAUAAGAUUUCUGAAAGUAGUACAAUAAUAUACGUAUUAGGAGGCCUUUAAAUUAUAUGUCGGAAUAUCUUACAAUUUGCACAAAUUUCAAAUCUAAAUAACCUAUGUGGUUCACUGCCAGAUUCAAGAAAAUGUAAACAGAUUUGUUUCAAAGCAUCCUGAACUUUGUGAUAUUAAUUUGUAGUUGUAAGUACAAUGUACAGAAGUCCCGUGAUUGGGUGUAUUUAGACUAGUAUUAGUACGUAUUUUUAGAGGCAGACAUUUCAUGUAACUUUUUCCAGUUGACGAAAGAAAUAUUAAAGUUUUCUAAAAUAUUUACAUAUAAUGAGGUUUUGUGAUAUAUCGUUUUUACUUUUAAUUAUUUAUCAACAGAAAAUUUUCUAAACAGUUUUUAAAAUUUGAUUGGUAAAAUUGUAUACAGUAAUAUAAUGGUGCUUUGGUACUAAUACAAAUAUAAUUAUAUCCUCAAUAUAGACUGAUAGUUGAGAUGGUGUGUAGAUAUGUUUAAUAUGUAUGUAUUAUGAGCUUGCGUUAGACAGCUUAUGUCCCCUGGAAUGCUUUAAUUAAUUUGCAGGCAUAACUUGUGGUGAACAACAGUUGUCUGAAUCAGAAUGUGUAGAUUAAAUGUUGACUUUGAUACGUAAAUCAAUACUCUUUAUUUAUGCGAUUCACAAUAUUUUAUGUAAUAAUAUUUUAAACUGAAUUAUAUAGCUUAGGAAUUUAUUUUUUACUUAAUCGCUUAAAUGGUUCAAAAUUGUUUUUUGAUAUAAAAUUCAUUGGAAAUUAAAUUUGUUUGUAAACUGAGCUAGAGGUGUAUUUUAAAUUUACCAAAAAAUGUUUACUACGCUAUUCUUGUAACAUAUGUAGAUAAUGAAAAGUUUAUGGACUGUACAGUUACAUAGCUUUAUUUGUACAUAAUUUAUGUAUUUUUCUUUUGUGACGAAGAUCUCAUAGUUUAGUUUAAAUACCAAGCUUCGCGCUGGUCAGACGUUUAACCCCGGUGAAAUUGUACAUAAUACUUAAAUAGGAUAACUGUAGAAUAUUUAAAUGUACAGAAUUGUUAGUGAUAAUAGAACCUUGUGUAGUGUAAGAUACGGUUUUGUAAUUUUUAUACAGUUUUACUAUAUUUUGUAUCUAGUUUGGUUUUUAACUGUGUUUAUAGAACUUUUAUAAGAAUGACCAAAAAUGUGUCUAUAUAUUUCAUUAUUGUAUACAAAUAUAAAUAAUACUGUUAAUAAAAUGGAUA